AUGAACAGUUAUCCUUUUGGAUCCCAGGCUCCCAAGUCCUUUCUCGCAUACCCAAGAAACGAAUUUGACUUAGAAUCAGGAAACGCCAUAAAAAGAACCCGAAAGCCCAAAAAUUCGCCCUUUCAUCCCAUCAGAAUGAUAAAAUCAUUUGGGAAUCGUUUGCACCACUUCCUCAAGCUUCACCCUCUAAUGGGUCUCUUCCUGGCCUUGUCCUUUGUGCUUACACUUGUCAUGAUUUUCUCUUUGUAUGGAACGCAAUAUGGGGUGCUGAGUGGUUAUGUAAAAGCUGACAUGGGUUUUGAUUAUCCUUUCUCCAAGCUUCAAAACCUUGUGAUGGUUGCUGGGCAUUCUGUUUACACAAGCAGUAAUUGUGGCAAAAUUGACAGAGAGGAUUCUUGGUUUUUGGAGUCUUAUCAGAAGAAUCCUGGCCAAGCUUCCACUUUUGUGACACACAUUCAUGAAGGGAUUGAAAUUGUGGCAAAGGAUGACUCUGCCUUGCUCCUCUUCAGCGGUGGGGAGACUAGGAGAGAUGCCGGCCCUCGAAGCGAGGCGCAGAGUUACUGGGCUGUUGCGGAUUCAAAAGGGUGGUUUGGUAAGGAAGAAAGUGUGAAAUGGAGAGCACUGACAGAGGAGCAUGCACGUGACAGCUUUGAAAACCUUCUAUUUAGUGUCUGUCGGUUCCGGGAGCUUACUGGCUCCUAUCCCCAAAAUAUAACUGUUGUGAGUUAUGAUUUCAAGGAAAAAAGGUUUGCGCAUCUACAUCGUUCUGCGAUAGGCUUUCCAGAAUCAAGGUUCUCCUAUGCAGGCACUCCUGCUACAGCAAAUGCAAAAGCUGCUGCUCUAAGAGGUGAGGAAUUGGUUAGAACUCAAUUCCAAAAUGAUCCAUAUGGCUGUCGAGGUUCACUUUACCACAAGAAACUAAAGCGUGACCCUUUUCAUCGCUCAAUUCCUUAUCCCAAUGGGUGUCCUGAAAUUGAAGGUUUAUUCAAAUAUUGUGGACCUACUCCUUACCCUGCUGCCCUUCCAUGGGCACAGUAA